AUGAAUGCGAUUGAAGGCUCGCUAACACCAAAAUCAUUGUACGAAUUGCCGGAACAGUUCACUCAAGAAUUGGUCCGUAUUUUGACAUUAAUGCCCAAAUGGAUAGAGCAGUCAAUGAAAACCCUGUCAACACAAAUCAUGGCUAAAAAGCUGGAAAGUUGCAAAAUAGUUGUCUCACAACCGGAAAACGUGACACUUAUGUGCCGUGAAAUCAAAUGCGUCGAAACGCAAGAGAUUUGGUCCCAAAUGGUGACACUUUUGUCAGACAGUGUCUUAAGUGAAACCAUCCGGAAGUCGUUCAGCGAUCUCAUCCAUGGCAUCGCUCAAGAUAUUAGCUUUGAAUACAUCACCGAUUGGGUCAAUAGUAUUGUCGAUAGAUAUGUGGUUAAUUUAAGCGAAACCAUCCGGAAGUCGUUCAGCGAUCUCAUCCAUGGCAUCGCUCAAGAUAUUAGCUUUGAAUACAUCACCGAUUGGGUCAAUAGUAUUGUCGAUAGAUAUGUGGUUAAUGGGAAAUACGCGUGUUUGACAAGUAGGGCGAGUCAACUGGUGUUUGCAUUGGGCACAUACCUAUCCGAAGAGUACACAUUAUUAACGGUUUGCCGUUCAAUACGACACGAAUCACAAUCCGUCAGACGUCUGACAAUUAUGAAACAACCGCUCAAUAAUAGUCAACAAAAUAAUUGUUUUAAUAAUAAUCACAUCAAUAAUAAUGCCACAUCUCAAGCCAUAUCAUCGGUUCCGGACUCAGUUGUUGACAACAACUGUCCGCAGCAGACAUACAACGAUGUAAAUCAAUGGAUGGCAUUACAGUGCUAUCAAUGGGAUCAAUACAGUGAUGACUAUUCACAGAAUUAUUCCUCUCCGACCACUUAUUCUUGGACUGACUCUCAAUAUGUCGAGUGUCUGAACGAUCAGUUUAUGGCCAACACUAACCCCACCAUCACAUCCAAUGGCAAUGUCUACACCUGUUUGUCAUAAGUAGUUUAAUCUCGUUCAAAGUGGC